CCUCAAGCCAGCACGCACGCCCUCAUCAAGUGUACGAGCUAUAGGUAGAGCUAGCAUGGCGGCGGCGGCGGUCACCGUGAAGAUGGCGUCGGACGGGAUGUGGCAGGGGGAGAACCCGCUGGACUUCGCGCUGCCGCUGCUGGCGCUGCAGGUGGCCGUCAUCCUGGUGAUCACGCAGGGCCUCGCGCUCGCGCUUAAGCCCCUGCGCCAGCCUAGGGUGGUCGCCGAGAUCCUGGGUGGCAUCUUGCUGGGGCCGUCGGCUCUCGGCCGGUGGGGCCCCUUCCGCCGCACCCUCUUCCCGGCGUGGAGCGCCGCCGCGCUGGACACCGUCUCCGGCCUCGGCCUGCUGCUCUUCCUCUUCCUGGUCGGCCUCGAGCUCGACUUCCGCUCCGUGCGCCGCGUCGGGCCGCGCAGCGUGGCCAUCGCCGCGGCGGGCAUCGCGCCCCCGUUCCUCGCCGCCGCGGGCCUCGUGCCGCUCCUCGACGUCGCCGUCCCGGCGCCGCGCCGCGCGUCCUUCCUCCCGCUCUGCGUGUUCGUCGGCGCCGCGCUCUCGGUGACCGCGCUCCCCGUGCUCGCCUGCAUCCUCAAGGAGCUCAGCCUCCUCGGCGUGCCCUUCGGCGACACCGCCAUGGCGGCCGCCGCCGUAAACGACGUCUUCGCUUGGGUCCUCCUCGCCCUCGCGCUCGCCGUCUCCGGCGGCGGAGGCGGCGAGCCGAAGGGGCCCCCUCUCGCGCCGGUGUACAUCCUCGCGUCGGGUGCCGCCUUCGUGGCGUUCAUGCUCGGCGCGCUCCGCCCGCUCAUGGCGCGCCUGGCGCGCCGCCUUGGCCCCGACCGCGCGGGCGACCUGGCGUGCACCGGCGCCGUGGCGUGCGUGCUCCUCGCCGGCGCCGCCACCGACGCCAUCGGCGUGCACCCGGUGUUCGGCGCGUUCGUGUUCGGGCUGGCCAUGCCGCGGGAGGGCGGCCUCGCGGAGCGCGCGGGCGAGAAGGUGGCACCGCUGGUGUCCGGGCUGAUGCUGCCGCUCUACUUCGCCACGAGCGGCCUGCACACGGACAUCGACAACGUCCGUGGCGCGGCCGCGUGGGGCAUGGUCGCGCUCGUCGUGGCCGUGGCCAUCGGCGGGAAGUUCGCCGGGACGUUCGCGGUGGCCGCCGGCACCGGCAUGCCCAGGCGCGAGGCCGCCGCCCUCGGCGUGGCCAUGAGCGCCAAGGGGCUCGUCGAGCUCAUCGUGCUCAACAUCGGCAAGGAGAGGAAGGUGCUGGACGACACGACGUUUGCCAUCUUCGUGAUCAUGGCGCUAACGACGACGGUGCUCGCGACGCCGUUCAUGACGGCGCUCUACCGGCGCACGCCGACGGCGACCACGCCGGAGAGCGAUGACGUGGAGCUCAAUGGUGGCGACGCUUGUCCGGCUUAGCUAGCUAAGGUGAAUUUGCUUGUGUGCGCAUUACACUAUUGUGUGUUCCGGCUGGCAAUCCCUGCUGAUUAAUAGUACCCCACUGUUCAUGUACUCAUGUAUCAAUCCUUGUGAUAAAUGUUGUUUGUACAACUGUAUUGUGUUGUUCAUGUAAAUUAAUCUGCCCAAUCUACCGUAGAAUUACGACUC